AACCCUUGAUCACAAGAAUUUGGAGCUCUCUAUAUAUACAAUGUAGGAUCAAUGUCCACUUUCAUGAUGAUCAACGUGACAUUGUGACAAUACAGACGUGAUGGCGGCCUGUCUUGUUGAAUUACCAAACUACCCUCGAUCCAGAGAGGGCUUCCCGGCCUGCUCCCUUGUAUAAAUAUGGCAGCCAACAAUGCGUAGCCCCAGAUCAAUGAGCCUCAUAUAUAUCCGUGUAUUGACAGCAGACAAUACCAAGCUAGCUCUGUAUUCUUGUGCGCCUCUGCAGCUGUCGAGCGAGCGAGGUUGCUGGCCAUGGCUGCCAUCGUCCGCGAGGAGGCUCCUCCAUUGACGCACGCGGAGAACGAAGAGUUCCUUCGCGUCCUUAGGGACGUCAGGCAAUGGGUGGGGCGAGAGCCUCCGGAGAAGGUGGAGGUCGUGUUCGACGGCGUGAGCGUCGAGGCCGAGGAGCGCGUCGGUCGGAGGGCGCUGCCAACGCUGCCGAACGCCGUCUUCAACGCCGUCAAGGCUAUAGUAGAUUCUAUGAACACGUGUGCAACGCGAAAAGGAACAUUCAAGAUAAUAAAUGAAGUGAGUGGAACAAUAAGACCAUCCAGGUAUAAUUACAUGAUCCACUAUCAAAAUUUCUUUUCAAAUAUAAUAUAUACUGUGUUUAAACAUUAAAAUGGCACAUAGCAA